UGAAGAGUUCUGGUCUUCUUCAUAUACUGUCACUACAAUUUCAACUGAUUUCAACAGGACUUUUAAAUAGGCUAUAAUCUUCCUAACAAAACCGAGAAUGAAGGCCUGUAGUGUUGCAGUUGCAGUGGUACUCGUCCUUGCGUGUAUGUUCAUCCUUGAAAGCACCACUGUUCCUUUCUCCGAGGUGCGAACAGACGAGGUUGGAAGCAUUGACAGUCCAGUUGGGGAACAUCAACAGCCUGGCGGCGAGUCCAUGCGUCUGCCGGAGCAUUUCAGGUUCAAGCGUCAGAGCCACCUCUCGCUGUGUCGUUGGUGCUGCAACUGCUGUCACAACAAGGGCUGUGGCUUCUGCUGCAAAUUCUGAGGACCUGCCUGCAAUAAAACCAUCUUAUUAACUUAUUGCCUUUAAUUGCCCCCCUCUUCUUCUACAUUUCCUUUGGACUCUGUGGAGAAGAUGCAGUUUCAUUGAUGUCUUUCUCACUGCAACCUCAGUCUUGUACAUAAAUGUUUUGUAUCAUGUUGUAUAACAUGUUGUAUAGCCUAGUGACACAGGAAAAAGACAUCGCUAAGUGAAAUAAGUGAGG